AUGUCCGUGUCCAUGUCCGCUUCUCUCAGCCCGAGAUACUCGCCACGCCACCUCUCUGGAAAUGGCUCACCAGCCGACGACGAAGCCAUCGGCGACGAUGACGACUCUCUUCUGUUCAGCGAGGAGCCCGACGGAUGGAAAUCGAUGACUUCGUCGAUCAAGAAUCAUGUUUACUUCGGCGGUAGACGAUAUCACCGAUACCGCGACGGAAAAUACCUGUUGCCUAAUGACCACAUCGAGCAAGAGAGAGAAAUCGUCAAGCACGAUUUGAUUUCGCUAUUGAUUGAAGGUCGAUUAUUUGUUGCGCCGAUCGGAGACCGUCCACAGAGAAUCCUCGAUCUUGGGACGGGCGUGGGAACAUGGGCCAUCGAUGGCUCCGAACUACAGAACCGUCAGGAGAGUCAGUUCAGAAGAUAUGGCCGGGUAGGGCUUCGCAUUGCGCGUUAUGCGGCCGGACCAACGCUCGGCUUCGGCUUUUGGGGUCUAGUCGAUGACUGCAAGGACAUGUCCGAGAAAGAAGACAAAGUCGCUUCAGGUGUGAAAUGUGUCAUCGGAUCUAUCGGGACUGCAAUGGGAGCCGGUCUCACUCUGCAUGACGGGUGGAUAAAGGUGCAAGAAUACUGGGGAAAGGUCAAUGCAGUUGGGCUGUAUUACCUCAACGAUGGUGCUGGCGUCGUCAAACGCGAUCUCGAGCUUCUCGAGGAAAAGAUGUCCUCGGCCUUGCGCUCAGAGGUUCGCCACAUCGGCAACUGGGAUGGCACCAGCAUUGGAGACGUUUUCAAAAGGGACGAUGAGAAUACAACCUACCCAGUUUUUGGAGCCACCAUGAACGGCAUGGAUCUUCAUUUUACGGUCACCGGGGGGGAGGGCAACCGCACCAAUUUCCGGAUCGGAUACGGCCCUGGACCAGAUACUGACAAGAACACGCAACGCCUUCGCCGACGAAACGUCCAAUACAACAAGCAGUAUUUCAGCAAGGGUGGUUUGGACUUCAAGGUGGAACAAACCCACCUUGACAAAGAUCAUGUCUUCAUGGUCCCCGAGAGACAAGACGACUUCGAUUGGUUGUAUGAACAAGUCGAAUGUUACAUGACGAAUCACGCCGGCUUUGGUUCGAUGCCAAUUUCCAACCCACUGGCCGACUUCCUCCAGACUUUGCUGUCAGACAUCAAGGGCCUAAACUACCAGGUUCUCAACACCCUGGCCAAAAAUACUAUCGCAGCAGGUGCAAUUGCUCCAUUUGGCGCCGACACUCCGUCUAUGAUUGGAGAGAUGGGAGUGGAUUACGGCAUAGUCCCGGAUCCUUCUUGUACCACGGAGUUGUAUAAGAGGGGAACUCUCAUAUAG